AUGUCGCACCCGUUUUUCGAUGGUAUACACUGGAAUACCAUCAGAGAUGAAGAGCCUCCAUACGACCCGAACGUAAAGUCUAUCGAUGAUACGUCAAACUUUGACGAGUUUGCCGAGGAUGAGUCACCCUUCAAUGGUGCUAUUGAUACGGCCAAAGAUACCGUGCGCGAUCUCGCAUUCAUCAAUUACACGUACAAGCGAUUCGAUAAUUUAACAACGCGGGGUUUACAUCGGUAG